AAGGCCGCGGCGCAAAGCUCUCUGGGGCUGGUGGUUCGAAGGGUCCUAAGGAAAAGCUGAGCUGCGUCCAGUCCAGCUGGAUGUGUCCCCAGAGGAGCUCGGGGUCCCGCACGGCUCAGUCCCUGCUCCGCUUCGCUCCGCGGGGCAUUCUGGGAGGGGACGUCGUGGGUCUCGGGUCGCUGGGCGGGUUUCCAGAGCCCGCGGCGCCGGGAGGACAUUGUUCUCCAAAAGAGAAGAUUAAAGAAGAAAGGAAGAAUGGCUGUUGGACUUUGUAAAGCCAUGUCUCAAGGUUUGGUGACCUUCCGAGAUGUGGCUCUAGAUUUUUCCCAAGAGGAAUGGGAAUGGCUGGACCCAUCUCAGAAGGAUUUAUACAGAGAUGUCAUGUUGGAGAACUACAGGAACUUGGUAUGGCUUGGACUCUCCAUUUCUAAGCCCAACAUGAUCUCCUUAUUGGAGCAAGGGAAGGAACCUUGGAUGGUGGAGAAAGAGAUGUCAGAUGGUCAAUAUGCUGACUGGGAGUCUUGGUAUGAAAUCAAGGAAUUACCUCCAAAAUGGUACAUUGAUGAAGAGGAAAUAUCCCAGGGCAUGGUAAUGGAAAGACUUACAAGUUAUAACCUUGAAUAUUCCAGUUUCAGAGAAGCCUGGAAAUACGAGGGUGAAUUUGAGCGGCAUCAACAAAAUCAGGAGAGGCAUUUCAGGCAAGUGACAACUCUUAGGGAAAUCUCUGCUGUGAAAAGAGACAAUAAAUAUAACAAUUCCGAGAGAAGUGUUCUCUUGAAGUCAGUACUUUCAACACAAGAGAGAGUUCCCACAGUAGAGCAAAUGCAUAAAUUUGAUAUUUAUGAUAAAAUGUUUCCCCCACAUUCCAUCCUAAUUGAACAUAAAAGAUUACCUGCUGAGAAAGAAUCUUUGAUAGAUAAUGAAUGUGAAGAAUUCAACCAGAAUACAUACCUUAGUAAAGAUAUAGGAAGUCCUCCUGGGGAGAAACCUUAUGAAAGUAAUGAUUUUUCAAAUCUCUUAAGUUUCCAUUCAUUACUUACUCAACAUCAGACGACUCAUUUUGGAAAAUUACCACAUGGAUUCAAUGAAUGUGAUGAUGCCUUUAGCUGUUACUCAUUCUUUACUCAACCUCAGAGAAUUCACAGUGGAGAGAAACCAUACACAUGCAAUGACUGUGGAAAAGCCUUUAGCCAUGACUUCUUUCUCAGUGAACAUCAAAGAACUCAUAUUGGAGAGAAACCCUAUGAGUGUAAGGAAUGUAACAAAGCUUUCAGACAGAGUGCACACCUUGCUCAACAUCAGAGAAUCCACACCGGAGAGAAACCCUUUGCAUGCAAUGAAUGUGGGAAGGCCUUUAGCCGUUAUGCCUUCCUUGUUGAACAUCAGAGAAUUCACACAGGGGAGAAACCAUAUGAAUGUAAGGAAUGUAACAAAGCCUUCAGACAGAGCGCACACCUCAAUCAACAUCAGAGAAUUCACACUGGAGAGAAACCCUAUGAAUGUAAUCAAUGUGGAAAAGCCUUCAGCAGACGCAUUGCCCUUACUCUGCAUCAAAGGAUUCAUACAGGAGAGAAACCCUUUAAAUGUAACGAAUGUGGGAAGACUUUUGGCUAUCGCUCACACCUUAAUCAACAUCAGAGAAUUCAUACAGGUGAAAAGCCCUAUGAAUGCAUCAAAUGUGGGAAGUUUUUUAGGACUGACUCACAACUUAAUCGACAUCAUAGAAUACAUACUGGAGAGAGACCUUUUGAAUGCAGUAAAUGUGGGAAAGCCUUCAGUGAUGCUUUAGUUCUAAUUCAUCAUAAGAGAAGUCAUGCAGGAGAGAAACCCUAUGAAUGUAACAAAUGUGGAAAGGCCUUCAGUUGUGGCUCAUACCUUAAUCAACAUCAGAGAAUUCAUACUGGAGAGAAACCCUAUGAAUGUAAUGAAUGUGGGAAGGCUUUCCAUCAGAUCUUGUCCCUUAGGCUACACCAGAGAAUUCAUGCUGGAGACAAACCCUAUAACUGCAGUGAAUGUGGGACUAAUUUUAGCUGUGCCUCAGCCCUUAGACGACAUCAGAAAAUUCAUAAUAAAGAAACUCUCUGAUUAUAACAAGUAUAAGGAAGAAAACAGUCACCACUCAGUCCUUACUAAAUAAAUAUCAGUCAAUUAAUUCUUUGGUUAAUGAUUCUAUGAAUGUAGUAAAUAUGGAAAAAGCCUUCAGUUUAUGAGCAUCCCUUAUUUGAAAUAGCCUGAAUAGUAGACAUCUGUUACUUUUGGAUCUGUUCUAUGCCCUGUUUGAAAUUUACCUCACCCUCAUUGUGUAUCAUUCUGAUGAAACUAUUAAUCAGGGAAAGCAGUGGAUUGGUCAUGGGCUGGCCACAAGCUAGUUAAUAAGGGAUUGGAAGAUGGCCUUGUCUGGACCACUAGAACCCUAUAACAGGGUAUUGUUAUGGAUAGUCAGAGAAGAUAAUGUUUUUCCUGGAAUUGCAAGCUGCAAGGACUUUUUUUCCAGGUUAAAAACUCACCAGUAGCCUUUUUGCCACCACAUGAGGAAAGCCUUCCCAGGAUCAGUCCAACACAGAGAGACAGAAAUCUGAUGACAUUGUUUUAUCUUCUCAAUUCAAUCAUGCCUGAAGUCUAUACCAUCUUUUACUUUUUCAUUUUUGUGAUACAAUAAAUUUCCUUUUUUUGCUUAA